CCUACCUUUUGGGGUGGCCUCGGGUCCAGCCAUUUUUAAAAGGUAAUGGACACUCUCCUUCAGGAUAUCCCCAUGACAUUUGUCUAUUUAGACGACAGUCUAGUGACAGGACGUUGUCUGGAGGAACACUUGCAGAACCUAGAAGUGGUACUACAACGUCUAGCCAACUCGGGAUUGCGACUAAAGCUGGCUAAAUGCGCGUUUUUGCAGAAAGAAAUCAGUUACUUAGGCCAUACUAUCAACAGUCAGGGGCUAGCACCAGACAAGAAGAAAGUGAUGACUAUUCAAGCUGCACCUGAACCCAAAAAUGUUACGAAAUUACGAUCCUUCUUGGGUACGAUUAAUUACUAUGGUCGGUUUUUACCGAAGCUGGCUUCAAGGCUGGCUCCACUGUAUCAGCUUUUGCGCCAGAACGUACGUUGGCAGUGGAAAGAUGAGCAUAAGGAAGCGUUCAGACGAGCGAAGGAGGCUCUCCAGUCUAUUCAAGUGAUGAUACAUUUUGACCCAAGGAAUGAAGUCAUCGUAGCCUGUGAUGCCUCACCGUAGGGGGUAGGAGCCGUGCUUUCACAAAGGCUAAGCGACGGUACCGAGCGACAAUCGCUUUCGCAUCUAGGAGCUUGGCUGAGGCAGAAAGGAGAUGUGCGCAGAUAGACCGCGAAGCACUCGCAUUGCUGUUCGAUGUGAAGAAGUUCCACCAAUACUCGAGUGGAAGAGCAUUUACAAUCCUUACCGAUCACAAGCCGUUGGUCUCCUUGUUAGGAGAGAAUAAGGGCGUGCCGUUAAUGGCACCAGGUCGCAUGCAGCGUUGGGCAAUAAUGUUGUCUGGCUAUCAGUAUAAACUACGUUAUCGACCAGGGACGACAAAUGCCAAAGCCGAUGCACUCACUCGGUUACCUUUGUCAGUUAAACCAGAAGUGACAGAGGAUCCUAGUCAAUCGGUGCUAUCACUGCACAUCUUGGAAAUGACCCCUGCCAGACCAAUAACAACUGUACAACUUAGGCAAUUUACAGACAGAGAUGGACAACUGGCAACUGUCAGGCAUUAUGUGUUGAGUGGAUGGCCGAGAGAAGUAGACUCCGAGCUUCGACAUUACUGGAAUGGCCGGCACGCGCUAAGUAUCUUGGGUGGUUGUGUACUGUGGGAGUCGCGAGUCAUUAUACCUCAGAAGGCGUGGCCGAGUGUGUUGGAGGAAUUACAUGUGGUUCACCCGGGGGUAUCUAGAAUGAGAAGCCUAGCAAGAAGCUACACUUGGUGGCCGGGAUUGGAUGCUGAUAUAGACAAGAUAGCAAAAUCUUGCGGGACAUGCCAAGAGCAUCAGCGAUCACCACCAAAAGCGCCUCUUCACCCUUAGGCACAGCCAGAACGUGCGUGGUCGAGAUUACAUAUCGAAUUUACUGGGACAUUCUUGGGGCGGUGGUUCCUUAUACUGUCAGAUGUGUACUCUAAAUGGUUGGAAGUAAAACCACUGAGUUCCCCUGCAACUGGACCUACCAUUCGGGUGCUACAGUCUAUUUUUGCGACCCACGGACUACCUGAAAUCAUGGUAAGUGAUAAUGGCUCGGCCUUUACGAGUCAAGAAUUUGGAAACUUCAUGAAGAGCAAAGGAAUUGUGCAUAUUACAACUGCACCCUACCACCCGUCCUCUAAUGGGCUGGCUGAGAGGGUGGUUCAAACAUUCAAGGCAGCCAUGAAGCGAAUGAAAAACGAACAGUGAACACUGGAAACGAAGCUGGAUGAAUUUCCUUUUCGGUACAGAAUCACACCACACGCGACAACAGGGGAGGCGCCAGCUGUGAUUCUGAUGGGACGGAGACCAAGAAGCUGCCGCCUGGACUUACUACAUCCGGACCUGGCAAGAAAGACAAGGGAAGCACAAGAGCAACAAAGGAAGAAUCAUGACCAAUCUUGCAGUUACCGGAAUCUGGAGACGGGCCAAACAGUGUUUGUGCAUAACUUUGGCAGUGGCCAGGAUUGGUUAGCAGGCGUGGUUGAGAGUCAGACGGGACCCUUAUCUUUCAGAGUGAAGUUAGAGGACGGACGCUUAGUCAAGCGACACGUGGAUCACGUUCGACAGAGGACGACCGAGACUAAACGUCCAGAGGGAAAAGCAAUGAUGGAGGACAGUCCCGACAAAAUGGGGUAGACCAACAGCAAGGAGAAGAGAGCACAAGAUUGUCAACAGCAACGCACGCUCCGGAUGUCACCGAACAUCAGCAAACAGAACAAGCAGAGACCGAGGCUGAUCAGCAAUUGGAAAUGAGAGCUGCCGACGUUCCGCCUGUCCUCCGGCGUUCCGCACGGAUUUCGAGACUUCCAGAAAGACUGGAUCUGUAGGAUAGUAAUGUGGGAACUUAGAAAAUUUAGAGGGAAGGGGUGUAAUAGUUUAGGGUUGUUUUGGGGGAGGCGUUUUGGAGUGCCUGCGCAGUAGAGGAGACUAGUUGGUUUUGGCGGACUUUGUUGAGUUAGACAGUGUAGAGUGCAAAUACACGAGU